AUGAGGAUCUCAGUUAUAUGGCUCUUAUAUCAGAUAAAGAGUCUUCUAGGAACGAAGGUUGAGUGGUUGUACUAUAUUCUCGAAGCAUUCAACUCUGGUGAUUUAGUUCGCUAUCAAGAGUUAUGCCAUGUGCAUAAAGUUGCUCUGAGUGCUCAACCAGCGUUGGUGCAGAAUGAGAAAAAACUACUGGAAAAGAUUAACAUACUUUGCUUGAUGGAAAUCAUCUUCAGUCGACCAUCUGAGGAUAGAACUAUUCCAUUAAGUAUCAUUGCAGAGCGCACAAAACUUACUGUCGAAGAUGUGGAGUAUCUACUCAUGAAGAGCCUUUCUGUGCAUCUCAUCGAGGGGAUAAUUGAUCAAGUGGAGGGAACGGUUCAUGUUUCCUGGGUGCAACCAAGAGUUCUGGGGAUUCCCCAGAUCAAAUCUUUGCAUGAUCGCCUGGACAAUUGGAUGGAGAAAGUACACACUGCUUUGUUAUCCGUUGAGGCAGAAACACCUGAUUUAGUUGCAUCAUAA